AUGGUGGGACAAGAGGAUCCAGUGCAGCGCGAGGUUCACCAGGACUGGGCGAGCUGGGAGUACAUUGAGGUCAUCACCAGCAGCAGCAAGAAAAUCGCAGACUUUCUCCACUCGUUUGAUAUCGCAGACUUUCUCCACUCAAGACUCGCAACACUAAACGAGAAACUGACAGCUCUUGAACAGAGAAUAGAGUACACUGAAUGA